AAUUCCACUAGUACUACCAUAAUUUAGUAGAAGAAAAAACACACGAUAAACUUAAAUUAAGUUUAAGAUAUCAUAAUAUAUUUUCUGUUCCCAUUCCACUCAACUAUAACUAUCAAAGCAGUAAAUUAUAUGUUUCUAUAUACACACAACUAUCUACUAAACAUAUUCAAAUUCCACAAUCUAAAACCAUCCCUUGUUCUUCAAAACCUUUUCCUGUCAUGUUUCCAACACUCUCAUUUUGGUUAUCUCUUCUCUUUGCUCUCAACUUCAUCCAAAACACAAUCACCUCUACCUUAGCCUUAGGAAACGAGACAGAUAACUCGGCGUUGCUCAAAUUCAAAGAAUCAAUAUCUAAUGACCCAUAUGGAAUCUUGGCCUCUUGGAAUACUUCAACUCACUUUUGCAAGUGGCAUGGAAUUACAUGCAGCCCCACACAUCAAAGAGUUACAGAGUUAAAUUUAGAAGGAUAUAAGUUGCAUGGAUUCAUAUCUCCCCAUGUUGGAAAUCUAUCUCUUUUGCGAAACCUCAACCUUGCAAACAAUAGUUUCUUUGGAAAAAUCCCACAUGAACUCGGUCGGUUAUUCCAAUUGCAACAACUCUUUCUGACCAAUAACUCCAUAACAGGAGAGAUUCCUACAAACUUGACUAGUUGCUCCAAUCUUGAAGGCUUAGAAUUAACCGGAAAUAAACUGACUGGUAAAAUACCAAUUGGAAUUGGUUCUCUUUCGAAACUUCAGAUACUGAGGAUUUCAAAAAACAAUUUAAGUGGAGGAAUUCCACCAUUCAUAGGGAAUCUUUCAUCUCUGACUAUUCUCUCAAUGGCUAUUAAUUACUUAGAGGGAAAUAUUCCACAAGAAUUCUGCAGCCUCAAAAACUUGACAUUUAUGCAAGUAAGUGUGAACAGACUAUAUGGUACAUUUCCUUCUUGUCUUUAUAAUCUGUCAUCUCUUACUACAAUCGCAGCUUCAAUAAAUGAAUUUAAUGGAUCUCUUCCUCCCAAUUUGUUUAACACCCUCUCAAAUCUACAAUAUUUUAUAAUUGGAGGAAAUCAAUUAUCAGGUAAAAUCCCUAUUUCAAUUGCAAAUGCUUCUGUCCUACAAGUACUCGAAUUAUCUGUAAACAAUUUGGUCGGACAAGUUCCAAGUCUAGGAAAGUUACAUGAUCUUCAACAGCUAAAUCUACAAUUAAACAAUUUAGGUGACAAUUCAAUUAAAGAUUUAGAGUUCUUAAAGUCCUUGACGAAUUGUAGUAAACUACAAGUGAUUUCUAUAUCCAAUAAUAACUUUGGAGGUAAUUUGCCAAAGUUUGUAGGCAAUUUAUCCACUCAACUUAGUCUACUGUAUGUUGGGGGUAAUCAGAUAUCAGGAAAAAUUCCUACAGAAUUGGGAAAUCUAAUUGGCUUAAUUCUCUUGGGCCUGGACUAUAGCCACUUUGAAGGAGUUAUUCCUACUACUUUUGGGAAGUUUAAGAAAAUGCAAAAGUUAGAAUUGAAUGGAAAUAAGUUGUCAGGAGAGUUACCACCCAUUCUAGGCAAUCUCAGUCAAUUAUAUCUUUUGAAUAUAGGAGAUAAUAUGUUGGAAGGAAAUAUUCCCUCAAGUUUAGGAAACUGCAAAAAGUUACAAUACUUAGACAUUUCACAAAACAAUCUUAGGGGAGCCAUACCCUUAGAGUUCUUUACUCUAACCUCUUUGACAAACCUACUGAACUUGUCAAAAAACUCCUUGAGUGGUAGCUUACCGAGAGAAGUAGGUAUGCUAAAAAGUAUCAACAGACUAGAUGUUUCGGAGAAUCUUCUAUAUGGCGACAUUCCUGGAACUAUUGAUGAAUGCAUAGGCUUAGAAUACCUCUUUUUGCAAGGAAACUCCUUCAACGGAACCAUACCAUCCUCAUUGGCUUCACUAAAAGGUCUUCAAUAUUUAGACUUGUCAAGAAAUCGGUUGUCUGGACCAAUUCCUAAUGUUCUACAAAACAUAUCUGUUUUAGAAUACUUGAAUGUUUCUUUCAACAUGUUGGAAGGAGAGGUACCGACAAAAGGUGUAUUUGGAAAUGUAAGCAGGUUAAUUGUGGCUGGAAACAAUAAGCUUUGUGGAGGUAUUUCAGAGCUUCAUCUACAGCCAUGCCUUGUCAAAGGUACUACUAAACCUGCAAAUCACCAUAACAUCAUGCUGAUAGUAGUGAUAGUUAGUGUGGUAUCUAUUAUUCUCUUGGUGACAAUUAUUCUAACUAUCUGUUGGAUGAGGAAAAGAAACAAGAAACAAAAUUCUGAUUCACCAACAAUUGACCCACUAGCUAAAGUUUCAUACAAAGCCCUUCACCAAGGAACUGAUGGAUUUGCUGCUAGAAACUUAGUUGGAUCAGGAAGUUUUGGCUCUGUGUACAAAGGAAAUCUUGUUUCAGAAGAUAAAGUUGUUGCCGUAAAGGUCCUGAACCUUCAAAAGAAGGGAGCUCACAAGAGUUUCAUUGCUGAAUGUAAUGCACUAAAAAAUAUUAGACAUCGAAAUUUGGUCAAGAUUUUGACAUGUUGUUCCAGUACAGAUUACAAAGGUCAUGAAUUUAAAGCUUUAGUUUUUGAAUAUAUGAACAAUGGAAGCUUAGAAGAAUGGCUACAUCCAGUGACAGUCAACAGAGAAAAUCAAAGAACGUUGGAUCUUGUUAAUAGAUUAAAUAUCAUUAUUGACAUUGCUUAUGUAUUACAUUACCUUCAUCAUGAGUGUGAGCAAUCGAUCAUUCAUUGUGAUCUAAAGCCAAGCAACGUUCUUCUUGAUGAUGACAUGGUUGCUCAUGUGAGUGAUUUUGGCAUAGCAAGACGUGUCUCCAUUAUUGACGACACCUCUCACCAGAAAACUAGUACAAGUGGAAUUAAAGGGACUAUUGGCUAUGCUCCUCCAGAGUAUGGAAUGGGCUCUCAAGUGUCCACAUGUGGUGACAUGUAUAGCUUUGGGAUGCUUUUGUUGGAAAUGCUUACAGGGAAAAGACCUGUAGAUGAAAUGUUUAUAGAAGGUCAAAAUUUGCAUAUGUUUGUUGAAAUUUCAUUUCCUAAUAAUCUUAUACAGAUUUUGGACCCACAACUUGUACCAAGAAAAGCAGAAACAACAACAGAAGUUGGGAACGGUGGGAAUUUCACUCUAACUGUAGACAAGUGCUUAGUUUCACUUUUUAGGAUUGGACUUGCUUGUUCAUUAGAAUCACCGAAAGAAAGAAUGAAUAUAGUGGAUGUCACUAGAGAAUUAAGCAUCAUAAAAAAAGCAUAUCUCUCUGGUAACACUAGUUGAGAAUCUAGAUACUUAAACACAUGUCAUUAGCUUAUGCCCUUAUCUGAUUAAGUAGUUAUGUAGUUAAUUUGAGUUUGUGCCAUCUUGUUAUGCAUUUGAAAGUUCCUAUACUACAAUAUACAAAUAUGUAUUCACUAUCAUGAUAUAAGUUUCCUUCCAAAUCUAAGAUAUUUGAAUGCAACAAUCCAUCAUUCAUAUAAUACCUAUCAUAUACUUGACGGAUGUAAUAAUACUAUAAUAAAUGAAAAGUGGACUUAAUUGUAUUGUCAAUAUUUUU